CUUAAACUCCACAAAAAAAAAAAAAAAAAGAGAAAAAAAUUACACUCCCAAAAAAUGGUCUUUUCCUCCAACCCAUUAUCUCUCAGUGUCCCCGACCCAACCUUCGAAACAUGGCUCCGUGACUCCGGCUACCUCAACGUCAUCGACGACCACCAGUCCGCCGCCGCAGCCACCGACCGUUCCUCAACAAUUACCGAAUCGACUACCAACAUCCCGAUCACCGGCUUCCUUUGGGGCUAUUUGGUCUCUUUUUUUUCUCAUUUAUGGAUUCUGCUCUCCCUUUUCACGCUUAACCCAUUCUCCAAGCUCACCACCAACGAUUUCUCCGGCGAAACUCCGUCUUGGACUCAAGGGUUUUUCGGGGAUUGUGGAUCCUACUCGUUUCCAGCUGCGGUUUCUCAGGCCAGGCUCAGGGUUCAUGAGAAUGUUAAGCGUUAUGCUCGGAAUUAUGCCUCGCUUUUUAUUCUCUUCUUUGCUUGUUCUUUGUAUCAGCUGCCACUUGCACUUGUUGGGUUGAUAUCAAGUUUGGCACUCUGGGAUUUGUUCAGGUUCCUUAGUGAUAAAUGGGGAUUGGAUGGAUUUCCUGCCACUCAACAGGUCUUAAUUCGCAUAGCGCAGUGUGCUACUGCAAUUAUUUUGAUAUGGUUGAAUGUUCAAAUGGCUCUAUGCUGUGCCCUCGGUGUCAGUUAUAUAGUUAUGAUUUUGCAUGCUGCAUUUCGGAAGCUGACUCCAGUAAAGCAACCUUCUCAAGGUAGACGGAAAUAGGAAAUCGCAUCAAACUAAACAAGCAUACGAGCAACCCCAGAAUGUGGUUUUAUUUUGCAGCCAAGAAAUCAUCAGCUUUUCUUCAAUGAGAUAGGGAAACAACCUCUGUAAAGCAUAACAGCUUAUAUGCUAGAUGAUGCUUGUGUGAUUCUAAUCCUGGUCAGCACAUGUAAAAUGGCAGAAAAGGAAAAUGCACUAUUACUCAAUAAACAUGUGAUAGAAGAUCUUGUUUUGCAGUGUAUCAACCAUAUGCUGAUAGCUCUUACUAUAACCUGUAAUGUUGUUUUGCUGGUUUUAACUUGGUAUAUUACGACGAGAAAGCUCAUGCACCUACUUUUUGCCCAGAAGUUGGCUAAUUCAUGCAUAGUUUGCAGUUCUCCAGCUCCUGGGGGUCAACACCCUAAACUUUGCUAGUUGCAGAACUUGAAUAGAAUUUGAAGAGGUGAAUAUGCAUUAAAUUCCUAACUUUUUUUGUGCCUGUAAUCUUAGGUCGC